AUGGCUCCCUCUCCGGAUCAGCAGGCGGGACUGGACGGGAAGAGUCGGGAGGGAAUGAUUGCCGAAUCCAUCAGAAAGAACAAAGAGAUCCAGAGGUUAUAUCCUCACGUCGAUUUCAAGGAGGAUGUCAUAGAGCCCACGAUCAACUUGGCGUUCGAUAUACAGGAACACGUCGACGAGACCAACCAGAGAAGAUACAACACCCUCAUUGACGAGAUGCUCGAGCGCACUGCUGAGCCAGACCUGGCGGAGAGACUCCUCUGGGAAGCAAGAGAGUGUCUUACCGGCUACCCAAGCAUCCUGACUCAAUUCGAUGCCAUCUUUAUUGGACAGCGAUCGGCCUCGAACGUGAUUCGGGAACUGCACGAGUGCAUGAUAAUGAAGAAGGGGGCGGAAAGAAGGAUGAGCCAGCAAGUCGAGGGGGCCCAAAACGGAAAUGGGCAAUGA